AUGGACCAUUGUACCAUCCUAAACAUCCUGCUUGACAAUCCUGAAGAACUAGAUUUGAAACACAAGCCCUCUGCUAUAAGGGAGGAUAAGAUUUUUACUCUUGAUCAGAGGGUGAUACCUAUAGCUUCUGCAGAAGCAGAUGAUAACGGAGCAUACAUUUCCCAAGGAAAUGCAAAGCGCUACUACCAAUACAGCAGUACUUCUGGGUCUCGUACAGUCCAUUUGGAAAAUGGGGUGUUCUUUGCCAAUAGAAAAGCAGCAAAAGGCUACAAAAAGGAUUAUGUUCCGACGGAGGAGGUUUAUGAACUUACCAGAUAUUACAAAACGAACAAAGCCAACCCGUCAUUUUCAAGGACUUUUGUCACAGUUAAAGCAGUCAAUGAACGAGAACCAAAGCCUUGGUAUUUGGUCAUGUAUAAGUGGGUAGGUGGAGCUAAAGAGUUUAUCUUGCAGCGCCAUGGUAACGCCAUGAAACCUUCGGUAUCAGCUUAUUUCCGGAAAGACCCCUUAGUUUCUGAGACGAUUGACGAGUAUCUAGACCAAGGACUGUCUGUUGAUAACAUACAGGCUACAAUGUCAAAACAAGUUUGUCAAACUGUGAGUGAAACUAUCUAAGGACCAAAAAUGAUAGAAAACUGAAAGUUCCUCAAGAAAGCAUCUGACGAAACACGGGAUGCUGCUGAGAAGCACAGCGAAGCGGAAUCGUUGAUAUCGAGUCUUAAGAGUGUAUGA